UCUGGAAGAAGAAAACAUGUUUUCUGUCUCGCGAGUCGUUUUAUUUCUGUAAAAUAAUCAAAUAAGUGCCAUGACAGAAAUUAAGGCACCGGCGGCUACUAAGCAGGCUAAAGCUUUGUUGGCUUUGAACCCGAAAGAGGAGGCUGAAUUCAAGAAGAAAGUCCAGGAGGUGAAGAAGCGACCCAACAAGGGACAACAAAGUCCAGGUGUGAUUUAUGUUGGCCAUCUUCCCACUGGGUUGUUCGAGCCUCAGCUCAAAUCCUACUUUGAACAGUUUGGAAAAGUUGUCAGGUUACGACUGGCCAGGAGUAAAAAGACAGGUGGAAGCAAAGGCUAUGUAUUUGUGGAGUUCGACUAUGAUGAUGUCGCCCAGAUCGUUGCUGAGACCAUGAACAACUACCUGAUGGGCGAGAGACUGAUCAAAUGUCAUCUGGUUCCUGCUGAGAAGGUGCAUGAGAAGCUGUUUGUGGGAUCACAGAGAGCAUUUAAGAAGCCCAUGCAGCCUGCUGUGGCUCGCUACAACAAGAGACACACACCAGAGGAGGUCAAGGAGAUGACCGGACGACUCCUACAUAAAGAGUCCAAGCUCCGCAAAAGGCUGGCAGAGAAGGGAAUAGACUAUGACUUCCCAGGGUUUGCUUCUCAAGUGCCACAGAAGAAAAUGUUAGAUGACACUGUGAAUGAAUCCACGUGUAGUGAGGAUGUGACUCCAGUGUGCACCCCCUCAGUCCUGGACAAGAGGAGGUCCAUGAAGAUCAACGAUGAUGACAGCGAUGACGAAAUCAUCAUCAAGAAUACCCCCGCCCUAAAAAAAGUCUAAAGGCAAACGUGAAGAAGGAGCAGAGUCAGACAAAGAUUUAUCCUCUGAGGAAGAGGAGACUGAGGAGGAGUCCUUUCUAGAAGGGAGUGAGGAGCCCACAAUGUGUGAAGAGCGCUCAGGGGACGUAGAGACUGUCGUAUAGGAAGGAGGAGCAGAGUGAACGAACGUCAACGCCUGUCGUUUAAAGGACAAUAACUCCAUUAAAUUGCCUUGCUUGUAAAGCAGAUACAUUUUUACAAGGUGGUUUGUUGGUCCUAUACAAUUGCCCAGAGGAGAAUGGCUAGAGAGCCAAUGACUGUUUGACAGUGUUAGAACCUAUGCACCUGUAUAGCACCUCCUAAAGUCCCACAGCCAGGGCCUAAAAUUAACACCUGCCAAAUGUGGGUAGAUUUUGGCAUUGGCUUGUAAGAGUUCUAUUUCACCAGCCCGGUUGGGGGUGGUCAGGGCUCCACAGUGCAAGCAUUUCACUCGCAUUUGUGAAUUAAAAUAGUAAUUUAUAUAAAAUAAAUGCCACAGUAGCUGUUUUCAAAGUAUUUCCACCGUUUUGUUUCAUAGCUGUUAAAUUAAUUCACAAAGUCAAAGAACUAGCUACGAAUCCAGGGUUUCACCGCUGUCACUCGGUUGCGUCAUUGCCAUUAACGUUAUCAACGUUCUACAGAUGUCGCAGCUUAUUGAUGUCUGACUGAUGGUUAAUGCCAUGUCUUUCUGAACAGGAGCUAGUGACUUUUUUGUCAAAUUUACGCUAUAGUGGCCUGGAAAUACGAUGACAUUGCUAAAGUAGACAAAUAAUUAGUCAAAAACAACUUUGCCAUCAUUAUGUCAAGUAGUUAUUUUUUUUUAAAUGGGCUGAUAUGCUUGAUCCAUUU